AUGGCCCCCCGCGCCUCCUACCCUCUGCGGCUCCUCGGCGGCCUCGUUCGCAAGAACACGCUCAACCACAUCGUCCGCCACCCCAUCAGCUUCCUCCUCACCUUCUACGCCAUCCCGCUCGUCCUCCUCCCUCUCCUCCUCAGCAUCCCCAAACUCGCCGUCGUCAACCAAGUCUCCGGCGCCGCCGACCCGGCCCCCAUCCGCCCGCUCUCCGCCGACACCCUCCCGAGCAAGCUCGUCGUCGUCCGCCCCGCCGACCUCGGCGCCGACGUCCAGCGCGUCAUCGACACCUUCACCAAGCCGCUCCGCCCCGACCAGGUCCAAAUCGUGCCCACCGACGAGGCGCUCUUCAAAACCUGCUCCCAGCAAGACGCGUGCACCGCGGCGGUCAGCUUCUACGACUCACCAGACACGGCGUCCAAGAACAAGACCUGGCAGUACGCGAUCAGAUCGGAUGCCAAGACGCCGACGCAGGAGGAGUACAUUGCGCACCGCGGCGCGGCGGACGACGUCCUCCUGCCGCUGCAGCUGGCGGUCAACAACGCCAUCGCCAACACCACCGCCGUCCCCGAGACGUUCAUGUUCGCGCGGACCAAGAGCAGCACCGACGCGGCGCGCAAGGACGACGCGGCCACGCUGGUCGGCAGCGUCUUCACCUUUGCCCUCUUCGCGUGCUCCUUCUUCGUCAUGAUCUACAAGCCGACCUCGUGGAUCACGCAGGACCGCGAGGGCGGCAUGUCGCGCCUGAUGGACACCAUGGGCGGCUCCUGGUGCCUGCCGCUGCGCGUCCUCGGCUGGGUGCUGGUCGUCGACCUCGCCUGCCUGCCGCUCUUCGUCGUGUUUGGCGUCAUGUACGCGCGCCUGGCGUUCCCGGCCUCGGCGGUGGCGCCGCUGAUAGGCUGGCAGGUGCUGCUGGGCCUUGCGGUGAACAGCUCGGCGACGUUUGCGGCCGCCUUCUUCACGAGGGCGCGCGUGUCGUCGAUAUACGUCGCGGGCGUCUUCGUCAUCCUGUCGCUGACGAUGCAGCUGAUCAUGGUGCGCGCCCAGCCGACGCCGCUGCCCGACGUCAUCUGGGCGCUGGCGGGGCUGUUCCCGAGCUGCAACCACGCGCUCUUCACCAAGCAGAUGGCGUACUGGCAGCUCGCUGGCGUGCCGGCCGACUUCUCGCGGUUCCCGCCCGGCUCCGACUCGCAGGCGGCGAUGAUGGACCUGGGCGUGGUCACGCAGAACACGCAGCUGCUGCUGCUGGCCGCGCAGGCCGCGGGCUACGCGGUGCUGGCGGUGGCGGCGGAGUGGCUUCUGCACGGCGUCACCGUCCGCGGCCGGACCUUCCGGCCAAGUGCUGCGGACAAGGUGGACGAGCCGUCGGUGCGGGUGGAGGACCUGAAGAAGACGUUCCGGCCGGGGUUCUGGAAAUGGCUGUGCUGCUGCGGCCGCCGCGGCUACAAGACGGCCAUCAAGAGCGUCACCUUCGAGGCCUACCCGGACCAGAUCCUGUGCCUGGCCGGCCCCAACGGCUGCGGCAAGACCACCACCCUCCAGGCCAUCGCGGGCUUCAGCCGGCCCAGCGGCGGCCGCAUCUCGCUCGCCGCGCGCCGCGAGGAGGUCGGCAUCUGCCCGCAGCAAAACACGCUCUGGGGCGACCUCACCGUCCGCGAGCACGUCCGCCUCUGGUCGCAGAUCAAGGGCGGCCACGAGACCGAGGCGCAGAUUGAGGAACUCAUCGACGCGUGCGACCUGUCCCGCAAGCGCGACGCGCGCUCCACGACGCUCAGCGGCGGGCAGAAGCGCAAGCUGCAGCUGGCGUGCAUGUUCGUGGGCGGCUCGCGCGUGUGCCUGAUCGACGAGUGCACCUCCGGGCUCGAUCCGCUGUCGCGGCGCGCCAUCUGGGAGCUGCUGCUGCGGUACCGCACGGGCCGGACGAUGGUCUUCACGACGCACUUCCUGGACGAGGUGGACGUGCUGGCCGACCGCAUCGUGGUGGUCGAUGGCGGCGCCGUCCGGUGCCAGGGGAGCCCCGCGGAGCUCAACGCGGAGCACGGCAGCGGGUACCGGGUGGUCGUGCCGGACGUGCCGGGCGGGAGGACGCUGCCGUUUGCGAGCGGCGCGCCGUGGCAGUCGACGACGACGACGCACCAGGGGCAGAUCGUGACGACGGUGCCGGACUCGGAGACGGCCGCGCGGCUGGCCCGGGUGUACGCCGAGAACGGCGUGACGGACAUUUCCGUGGCCGGGUCGCAGUUCGAGGACGUCUUCCUCAACCUCGUCGGCAAGCCCGACACGCUCGAGAGCAUCAACAGUAACAGCAACCUGCUGGCGGAUGACAAGGGCUUCGCGCUGUCGCCGGCCCGCAACACCUCGUUCACGAGGCAGAUGCGCGUGCUGCUCGGCAAGCGCUUCCUGGUGCUGCCGCGGCUGUGGUGGCCGUACCUGCUGGCGGUGCUGGUGCCCGUGUGCGCGGCGCUGGCCAUGGUCAUCAUCAGCGCGAGCUACGACGUUCCGAAGUGCGCCGACGCCCGGCCGGUGCUCGGGACCGCCGAGGCGGAGACGUUCUUCUUCCCGGCCAUGUGCGCGACGCCGGACACGACGUGCAACCGGAUGGUGCUGGCGCCGCAGGACGCGGGGAAGACGCUGCGGACGCUGGUGGAGAAGCCGCUGGACGAGCUGCGGGAUGUGAACAGUACCGUGUUCGACUCGUUCGUGGAGGUCCUGGACGGGCGGCAGAGCUGGCUGGAUUACGUGCAGAAGAACCGGGACACGAGCACGUACAGUGGCAUCUACAUGGGGUCGGGGAGUGAGGCACCGAUCAUCGCGUACCGGCCAAAGUCGGACUCGAGGAUCUCAAGCUUCGAGAUGCUCAACCUGUGGAGCGAGAUGAGCAGUAAUAUGCCGAUCAAGGCGAGCUUUGGCAAGAUCCAGACGGUGAAGGCGUACGACCACACCGUCGCCGUCAUGUACUGCAUCUUCCUCGGCCUCGUCCUCUGCAUCUUCCCUCCGGCCUUUGUCCUCUACCCGGCCAUCGAAAAGGCCAGCAAGACGCGCUCCAUGCAAUACGCCAACGGCGUCAGCCCGGGCCCCCUCGUCAUCGCCUACCUCCUCUUCGACGCCAUCUUCAUCACUCUCAUCGCCAUCAUCCUGGCGCCCAUCAUCAGCGGGCCGAUCCAGGCGUGGAUCGGCUCCGGCGCGCUGCUCGGCGUGGCGCUGGUCUUCUACGGCAUGGCCACGGUGCUCGUCGGCCAUAUUGUCACGCACUUUUCCGUCGGGCCGCUCAAGGCCUUUAUGGCGGCGUUUGGAGCCAACCUUGCCAUGUUUGCGGUGGCUGCCGGUGCUUAUAUGAGCGCAACUCUGUCCUCCGAAAAGGCAGCGACAUCCGUCGCCUUUGGUCUCGGGCUCUUCUUCCCCAUCGGCAACAUCUUCCGCGUCAUGCUCAUCGGCCUCAACGUCGCCAACCAGGGCUGCACCGCCGACUUCACCCCGAAGCCCUCCUCCGCCAUGACCGGCUACUCCGGCCCCAUCUUCUACCUGCUCCUGCAAAUCAUCGCCCUCGCCGCCGUCGCCAUCUGGCUCGACGGCGGGCUCUCCCUCUCCCCGGCCUCCCUCAUCCGCCCCCGCAAGACCCCGUCCUCGUCAGACAUGGACAUUGAGAUGCGCGAGCCCAGCAUGCCCGGCAGCGGCGUCGCCGCCGAGAUCCUCCGCGCCGAGCGCGACACCGCCGACAUGCUGCGCGCCCUGCACGUCACCAAGACCUUCAAGUCCAAUACCGCCCUCGACGACGUCACCUUUGGCCUGCCCGGCGGCUCCGUGCUCGCGCUCAUCGGCCCCAACGGCGCCGGCAAGUCCACCCUCGUCAACGUCAUCCAGGGCGAGCUCGCCGCCUCCCGCGGCGCCGUGCUCCUCCGCGGCGACGACUCGCGCGCCCCCGCGGCCAAGCGCCACAUCGGCGUCUGCCCGCAGCACGACGCGCUCGACCUGCUCACCACGCGCCAGCACCUCGUCUUCUACGCGCGCGUCCGCGGCGUCCCCGACGUCGCCUCCAACGUCGACUACCUGCUGCGCCGGCUCGACCUGGAGCCGCACGCCGCCACGCCCGCCGCGAAGCUGUCCGGCGGCAACAAGCGCAAGCUGAGCCUCGCGGUCGCGCUGAUGGGCACCCCGCCCGUGCUGGUCCUCGACGAGCCCACCACCGCCAUGGACGCGGUGGCCAAGCGCGUCUUCUGGGACCUGGUGCGCAAGGUGACGGAGGGCAGGUCGAUCCUGCUGACGACGCACAGCAUGGAGGAGGCGGACGCGCUGGCGGACCGCGCGGUCAUCCUGGCCACGCGCGUGCUGGACAUUGGCACGACGCAGGAGCUGCGCGCGCGGCACGGCACGCAGAGCCACGUCAACGUGCAGCUCCGGUCGGCGCCGCGCACGGAGGAGCGCGAGAUGGACAGGGUCUGGGGACGGAUACGGCUGGGCGUGCCGGGGGCGAGCCUGGAGCGGGACAUGAGCAGAGGGCAGAUUCGCUUCACGGUGCCGCUGGGGGGCGGGGAGGCGAGCGGGCUGACCGUGAUUCGCAUCACGGAGUUUUUGGAGGGGUGUAAGGAGGAGCUGGGGAUUGCCCAUUUCAACGUGGGCGGUGCGACGCUGGAGGGCGCGUUCUUGAAUAUCAUAAGGGCGAACAACUUUCAAGAAGACAAGGAUGCCCGGUAG